AUGUUAAGGUUUGUCUCAUUGAAAAUAAUAAUAAGCACUUGUUUCCCGAUAUUUUUUUCUCACAAACAUCAAUCUGUUGAUGUCUCUUUUCACUGCCAUUCCUUCUUAAUGUUCAAGCAAAAAGCUGAUAGGACCAAGGUGGUACAACCACCUCCACCUCCUGUGCAGCACACGGAAAUUGUACCUGGUAGACUUACUGAACAAAACUGGCAAGAGAUAGAAGAAAUUCUUGAUAAUGAAGAAAUAGCCUGUGAAUAUGUGGAAGAAAUUUUAAAUGAAAUCCUUCUGAAGGUUUAUGAUGUUUACCUGAAACAACAAUUGCUGCCUUACACUGUGUCUGCUGCUAAAGAUGCCCUUCUCCUUGUUGUAGAAUGGAAUUUUCUACACAGAGAUGAAUCCCAAGUAUCUCCUAUCUUGCAACCAGGCUGGAUACCAGAUAAAGAACCAACUCGACCAGUGAUUGAUAAUUGGGCCCCUGGAUAUUUUAUCUCCCCUGAUGAAAAAUCAGAAGAGGAAAUUGUGGAAGAGCAAUCAUUGACAAAAGUAGAUGAAGAAAAAGAAUUAUGCAUCAACACAACUUUAAGUGUAUCUUCUCUUGACAAAUCACAACAUGACACAAUUAUCCCCCAUGUUUCUCCAGUUUGUCAACCAGUUGAAGAGCCACUUUUGUCCCAAGAAAUCUGCUUCCUUCUUGGUUCAGAUGUUACAGAUUCAAAAAUCAGCAAGGCUGAAAGGGAAGAACAACGCAAAAUGGAAGAAGCUCUUCAAGAGUUGGAUAAUGCACCACAGCAUGGAGCAAAGCUGAACCAGCACAAUUUACAAAAGACUCGUGAUGGACGUCCUCCAGGCAUUAAAGAUGUUUUUUAUGAUAAUGAAGGAAAUAUUGUUGGUGUAAUCAAGUUGAAUCCUGACAAACUUCCAUCAAAUAGGGUGAAAAUUGAAUACCAAUUACCAGAACGUGAUGUUGGUCCAGUUAAAAUGGACAAAAAAAGAAUCAGAUACAAAGACAAAUCAACAUGCAAUACUUCCCAGUCAAAUUUUCAAAGGCACCCCUUUGGACGGUCACAUAAAAAACCUUUUGCCAUUGAAUCAGAAGAAUUAGGUGUCCCCCCUCUUAAAUCCAUGGUUGAAGCCAUUGAGCCAGUUAUGGGUGUAACAGUCAAAGAUAUACACCAAAUGAAAAUGGGCCCCAUUAAACAGGGUCCAACAACACAAUUGCUAACUGAAUGUGCUGGUGAACUUCGACCCAUAACCAGAAAAGUUCCAAUCCCCACGACUGAUCUACUAGAAAUUUUACAACCUACUACCACCAUGAUUUCCCAUAGUAGCUCAACUCCACUUCCUCCAAUCAUUCAAACCCCAACAUCAACUGGAAAAGCUGAAGCCAUCUAG